CUUUAUUUCCUUGAUAUUGAACAGAUGACCAUGGCGGAAACCGCUGCCUCACUUGCUAAAGAUCUCCGCGAGGAGUUCCUGACCUGCUCUCUUUGUUUAACCUGCUUCUCACGUCCUAAGAUGCUUCCUUGCCAACACGUCUUCUGUACCCGAUGUCUUCACAAGUGGUACGAGUCCAAGUCCAAAGAGAACGGUGCCCAGGCCAAGACGGUCACCUGCCCCAUGUGUCGGGUUUCACAAACUGUCCCCGCGAGCGGCAUCCUCGGCUUUCCUGAUAGCCACGCGAUGACGUCCUUGAUGAACUUCCUAGACGGUCGCGUCGAGUCGACGGCGUCGUGGGGACCGACAACGAUCGGACUCAUUCGAGAGUUUGGGGUGAAAGGGAGCCAGGAUGGUCAACUCUAUAAACCGCUUGGUAUCGCCAUUAGCGCAGAAACAGGCGAGUUCUUCGUCACAGACUGCAAGAAUCGAAUACAGGUUUUCGACAACGAUGGCGUGUUUGUCCGAAAAUUCACAUUUCCCCAGCUGGCCAAGAAAUUCACGCCGACGCAUCUGACUAUGACAAAGCGACUGAGCUCGGAUGGGAAGGAGUGUCUCCUGGUGUCCGAUGUCAGUAACAAGCAGGUUCUCGUCUGUUCGCUGGGCGGGGAAAUUCUCAUGCGGUUUGGCGGCAACGAGUUGGGAAUGCCCGGUGGUGUUGCGAUCACGAAAGACGGAUCGCUGCACGUCGUUGACAUGUAUGCCCGGGUGGUGCGGACUUACAAUCGCUCUGGACAAGAGGUUCGUAGCUUCGGUGGUCUUUCGUCAUCGCAGAAAAAGAUCGACCCCAACACCGAAGCAGACGAAUGCGUCUUCCGUAGCCCUACUCACAUCGCGGUUACACGAGCUGACAUCCUGCUCGUUUCCGAUAGUCAAUCACAUCUAAUUUAUAUCUUCGACAGUGACGGCGGCUACCGAAACAAGUUCAACUCGAUAGGCAAACAUGGAGGCCAGCUACAGUGUCCAUCCGGUAUAGCUAUUGAUAAUUCGGGAAACAUCUUGGUUGCCGAUACAUCGGUUAAUAGCGUCCAGCUUUUUGACUAUCGCGGUCGAUUUCGAAAUCGAGUUGACGACAGUUUCGAUGGACUGCGAAAUCCACAAGGCAUGGCCAUAGUGAACGACGAACAUGUAGCAGUGGUGGACACGGAUAACCAUGCUGUAAAGCUUUUUUCUUAUUUAUAAUUAAUACUCUCAGAACCCAUCAGAACUAAGUUAUUGCAGACUAGUCUAAAUCGUGGGUGUCUUUCCGUCCUGUAGGUGCAAACGAACUCGUUCUGGAGACCUUGCAGGGAUUGUACGACAAAUGCUUCAGCGACAAUUUGGUCCGUGGUCAGCUUCGAACACAAUUAGAAUACCCUGGACCAAACGUUAUCUAAGAAUAUCCCUAAACAGUAUAGGUGGUAUAUUCUUGAUUAUUUUUAAUAACGAGUAUCAGCAUCGAUUUCAAUCAAUUUUUGUUAUUGAUGUGAAGAUCAGUCCAAUCUGUAAUCUGUUCGUGUUUAUAUUUAUAUUAUCUGUUUGUGUUUGUAUUUUUUUCUGUUGAUGUAUUAUAAUCCUUACACAAAUAAAUAGUUUUCCUUUGGUCUUUAUCAUAUCUGAGAAAAAGACUUGUAAUAUCCGAAGGGCACCCGAUAAAACAUUCUUGGGAAUAUAAAGAUAUAUACUAGAAUAUAAAAAAACGUGUACUUGUGUUAUCGUUAUGAUUGCUCUUUGACGAUUGCAUAGACCUCUGAAGAUUGACAUUUGCUGAGUAGUUUUGCCGAGAUUUGCCUGAUAGUUUUCCUGAUUUUUUUCUUAAAAGUCACUGGUCAAGAUACAAUGUUGCCCACAUAGUUGGAUAAUUGUUUUCUUAACUCUUUUCAUAAAAUAGUUGUGAUAGUAUGGCUUAUUCUUUAAGGAUAAACUUUAAAUCUUCUCAGGACUUUGAUGAUGAAUCUCCCUCAUGCCAAUGACUUUCUACAUUGAUCAAUAUAGUUCUGGGACGAUAUAGAGGAUAAACCAUAGUUUUGUCACAGCCAUUUUAUCUUCUCUAACUUUAUGUUUCAAAAGUUAAUUUUAAUUCUCAGUAAGUAUGUCUGAGCAAUUUUUCUUAAUUCAUGUCCAAGCCAGCUGUAAAUUAUUUUCCGUUUGUUUGUGUCCACAUUUAAGUUGGAGCAACCCUGUCAUUAAUCGUGCCAAUAUACUCUUAUAUUGUAAGCGUAAGAAUUAAUAUAUAUAUAUAUAUAUAUAUAUAUAUACGUUAUUUUAAUCAUCAAUAUCGAUAUAGGACUGCAGUCUGCCCAAGAAUCCUGAAACUAAAGUAGUUGCGCCGCGUAUAGAGUGGCAUGGACAAAGUUUGAAACUGAACAUGUGAUAUUCGGGAAGGAAACAACAGCCUCUGGCGGAAUUGUGCUCUUACGCCCAACAUUAUGAUUGUAGUCAACAAACACUGUCCAUCCGAUUUUUCAUAUGAUUCAAUCAUUCAAAUUCCAUAUCAAUCUAGGCUGUUCGCAUUCAAUUAUUUGACCUUUGAAUUCCGGAAAUUGGGUUCAACCAAGAAAAAUACAUAACCUCUUUAUUUCCAAUUCGAUGCAUACGAAUACUCGCGUUUGCAAUUAUUAUUAUGGGCAAUAUUUGAUGUAAUGGCCACAGUGCGUUUGGAGCGUAUCAAAGCAUGAAGUGGUUAUAAAUCCCCUUUCCAGUCAUGUGUACAGGCCUAUUGAGGUUUUAGGUAUAAGUAUGUUGAUAAGUGGUAUUCGUACAGCAAAGAGAGAAUUAUGCCAAAUGUCUUUUCUUUAUUCAAAGGUUUAUUUGAUAAUUUGAACUAACCCGUCUUCAAAAGAAACUCAAACACAUACAUUUCCAGUGUGAAUCAUAACUUGCAUUCUCCUUUGGUAUAAGUAAAUUUUGUAUUAGAAUAAAAUAGUUUAAACAGCUCUGAAGUGUUAUCAUGAAUAAUGUAUUAUUCAUUGUUAGGUGAAAAAUUCUGAAUAAUCGCCAUGCGUAUUUCGGCAUAACCGAUCUUAAUAUAAGACUAAAUACGGAAAUCAGUCUCUCAUCAACUGGUUUUAUUCCCAUUAGGAUGAUUAAAGAAAUUGAUAGUGAAAACAAAAAUAACUAACGAAACUAGUAGUUUGAAGAGGACUAUAGUUCUCAGGUAGUCCUUCUGAUUUUAUUAGGAAGAUACCUAUUCUGCUAUAUUCAGAGAAGGAUCGUUUUAACACAGAUCGUAUUUGGUUGAUGGCAAAUAUAACAUUCGUUUAUCUCACUGUCUAUAUUUUUAGACUGACUAACUUGAUCCGACAAAAUUAACUUUUGAUUAUCUGGAUUUAAGGAACAUAAUGGCUUCAAGGAGCUUAUUAAUAAUAAUAAAUGUGCAUAUAAACUUAUCAUGAAAAGAAACCUAUAAAUACCCCCGGAAGCGUUAUUUUUUAUGCGGCACAGAUUGGGGCUUU